AUGUUCGCUUCGAAGUCCAGUUCUUCUGAUUUAGAGCACUUGAUAAAGAAAGCUACAGAUGAAACAUUAACGGCGGACAACUGGCAAUAUAUUCUUGAUGUUUGCGAUCAAAUAUCAGCUAAUCCUGAAGAAAGGACGCAACAAGCAAUCAAUUACGUAUCGCAGAGAUUAUCCGUUAAAGAUGCUAAUGUCAUAUUGAGAUCCUUAUCAUUACUAGUUGCUAUAGCAGAGAAUUGUGGCUCGAGAAUGAGACAGCAAAUAGCCACGAAGUCAUUCGUUCAAGGUACAUUAAUUAAGAAACUUGGAGAUAAGAAAUUGCAUCGCACAGUUAAGUGCAGAAUCUGUGAAGUCAUUGAGCAGUUAUAUCAGUCAUUCAAGAACGACCCUUCCUUGAAGCCCAUGACUGAUGCUUAUAAUGAAAUUAAGAGAGACUACUCUCAGUUCAUGCUUCAGGGAAAGGCAGGCCCGGCUCCAAACAAGCCAGCUAAGAUGGAGAUUUCAAAAGAAGACAAAAUGAAGGAAGAGGAUGACCUCCAAAGGGUGCUUCAGAUGUCUUUACAAGAAUACGAGAGGGAAAACUCCAUUAAAAAGAGUUACUUGAGAGAUAAGCCCUUGCCAUCUACUGAAGAGGCUGUAAAACAGCCCAUUGUAUCGCAAAAGGCUGGUGCGGGUAGAACUAAUAAAGAUGACGAUGAUGAUAAUGCAAAAACUAUAACUAGUGUAUCUAAGGUUCGUGCCUUAUAUGAUUUAGUGUCCUACGAACCAGACGAAUUAUCCUUUAGAAAAGGCGAUGUGAUAACCGUAAUAGAAUCUGUGUAUCGCGACUGGUGGAGAGGCUCUUUACCGAAUGGUAAAGUUGGAAUUUUCCCUUUAAAUUAUGUAACCCCAAUAGUUGCUAAGAGUGAGAAAGAAUUGAAUCAAGAGCUAGAGACAGAAGAUACAAUUCUUUCGGUUGAUCUGAGAAAGGUAGAUCAUUUGCUAGCAUUAUUAUCAUCUAACUCCAAUUCUAAUGAGGAUGAAAUAACGUCUUUGUACAAUGAGAUAAUUCCUUUGAGACCUAGCUUGGGUAAGUUCAUAGACAAGUACAGUGUUCGAAAGGAAGAGCUUAUGGCAUUAAAUUAUCAACUUAACAAUGAAAUGAAACUUUAUAAUGAGUUGGCUGAUCAGCUGAUUACGCAGAGAGUAAAUCGUCGAACAAGCAUGCCAACUGCUCCGCCUUAUCCAACUUUUUCCAGAGACAAUGGAAAUAUGAACAGUAGUGGUAGAGAACAGUCCUACGGUGCUCAUCAGAACGUCCACCCAUACCCCCCUACAAAUCUGCAACAAUAUUUGCAACAGCAGCCUACUGGUUCUGGAUUUGGUAACGGUUCCAUAAACAUGCAUCCUCCUCAAGCUCCCUCAGGAGAUUACUAUAUGCCCCAUCAGCCACCGCCGACCUCUUUCAAUCAAAGACGGCAAUCUUCUAUUCCUAGUCAUACAGGAAUACCGCCAAAUUAUUCUGGAAAUCCUCCAACUAAUGAUCAAUUCCUGAAUGUUAAUAGGUUUCCCGAUGUUAACAAUUUAUAG